AUGUCUGAUACACAUGGUGCAGACUUCAGCCCCGAGAACAGACCCUACCAGCACGCUGAUGUCGCUCUCCACUGUGGUGACCUCACCGACGGCUCAAAGCUGGUAGAAUUCCGCUCAACCCUCAAUAUGCUUCACAGCAUCGAAGCACCCCUCAAGUUGGUCAUUGCGGGAAACCACGACUUCACCAUGGACAUUGCCGCGUGCGAAUCCAAGGUUGCCGAAGCAAUACCACCCUUGGAACCUGAGUUCGUUGCUCGAGAAUAUGGUAUUUUGGGGCAAGCCAGGCAACUGUUCGACGAUGCUAGACACGGAGGUAUAUCCAUAUACGCCCUCCUUAGGCGGAUGGGGCUUCCAAUAUCACCCAAACCAUGGCCGUCAUUUCGACAUCAACGACGGAACCGACAUCGUCAUCACCCACGGCCCUCCGAAGGGAUCAUGGACUAUACCUACGGUCGCGAACGAGCAGGUUGCAGUGAUCUUUUCGCCGCCGUCGCUCGCGCUCGGCCCCGAAUUCACUGCUUCGGCCAAAUCCACGAGGGAUUGGGUGCGAAGCUGGGUACCUGGAAACACAGCGGCAGCGGCAGCGACAAUGGUGCCGACAAGCCGCCAAACCAUUUCACGGCCAUCGACAAUGAGAACUCGCCGGUGAUCGAAAAGUUGGCCGGGCUCAGGAGAAGCACGAUGGACUCGGAUGAAAUGGCGCAGGAGAAACGAGUGAAGUUAGAACGACUGAGGCAGAGUAGAUGCGCUACGACUAGCCAUUGUACUCACGACGAGUAUCCGCUUCAGGUCGGUAGGCAGACAUUGUUUAUCAACGCCUCGAUCACGGGUGGCGAAGACAUUGUGCAGAGACCCUGGCUCGUCGACAUCGAGCUUCCAAAGCGAGCGGAAAUCUAG